AUGAUGCUGUUUCCUGAAUGCAGGAGACAGCUUGCAAUGAUGCUUUGGCUGAGAGCAGUUGUUAAUACUUGCAGCAAUCAAACAAGGAAACAAGUGAAAGAUAUGGCAUCCUCAACACUAAUUCUCACCUGCCUCCCAAAAUUUGGUCUUGCUGGAGCAGCAUUUGCCAGGAGAAGCACCUGGAAACCUAGGCAUUUUGUUGCUGCUACUCCAAGACCUAUUCAUGCAAGUUCACAUCAAGAGGCUUCGGCUCCCAGUGAUGCAAUAAAACAAGGUGCAAAUGAAGGCACAGUGAAGGACAAGGCUUUCUCUACUGUAGAACAUGUGACGCAGAAAACAAAAGAUAUGGCUGAAAAUGUGUCAGCAACGGCCCAAGAUGCCACCGAGAAGGCCAAGCAAACGGCACAAGAUGCCUGGGGCACCGCCAAAGACACUGCCCAAAAGGCCAAAGACAGUGUGCUGGGUAAGGCUGAACAGUCCAAGGAAAGCAUCAAAGAAAAUGCAGAGACUGUUAAGAAAAGCAUGAACACCAAGAACUGAUGAUGAUGAUGAUGAUUCCUUCUCUUUCUUUUUUUUUUUUCCCAGUUGAUUUAUCUUGCAUAAGAAAUAAUAUGAUUUGAUUAUGAUUAUCAUCUUUCAAUCUAGUUAUCUAGGUAUUUAUUGUUCAUUUGUUACAUGCAUGUGCAUGCAUGGCAUGCAAUUGAGUAGCUAGCAUUCAUGUGCUCUUCCAUGUACCAGAUGUAA